CUCUCAGAUAAAAUCCCACGUGCUGCGCGCGCUGAUCUUUAUAAAUAGACAUCCGGUCCUGAUGGGGAAGCUCUGCAAACAGACUCUAUAAAAAAAAGCAACGGAUUUGGUAUGAAGCGCAUAGCUGGACAAAAUCAGGACGAAACAACUGAGACCGAUCAUAGAAAAAACAAACCCUAGCAAAUCUGCCAGAGAGCCCUCUACAGCCGCCCAGAGACAAGAUGUCAGUUUCUCAAGUUAACGGGAAAUUCUCAGCUCUGCCUCACGACGCGGAAGUCAUCCCUUUUCCUUUGGAAGUCUGGGAGAAAAUCUUCCAAAAUCUGCCCCCCCAUUUUGUAGUCUGUGUGUGUCGGUUGGUUUGCCAUAAGUGGAAAGAUGUGGCAGACAGCAAGUCUUUCUGGAAGGAAAGAUGUAGAAGAGAGGGAUAUCAUCUCAAUGAUCCUACCAAAGUACCCAGAGACUGGAGGAUGUUUUACUUCUUAUCCAAGAACAGAAGAAAUCUCAUCAAAAAUCCAAGAGGAGAAGAUGGAUUUCAAAGAUGGAACAUAGUGCAGAAUGGUGGUGAUAAGUGGUCACUGGAAAACCCCAGGUUACCUCACCCAAAUCCUGCAGUCAAAAAAACCUUUGUGACUUCAUAUUAUAUGUGCACGAAAGAACAGCUGAUUGAUUUGGAGAAAGAAGGUUACAGCCCAUCAUUCAUGGAUGAGAUCCAGCCACACAUCAGAAUCUCAGACUGGUUCCAGCCACGAUCGGAUUGUGGAAGUUUCUAUGAGUGUUCUGUGCAGCUGUUAGAUAAGAGGAAACAUGUACUCCAGGAGUUUCGCCCUGAGAGGGUUUAUUUUCCUCAGUGGAAUGAUCAGAAGUGGAAUCAGAUGGUGCAUGUGUUCAAGGACUACGGACCAGGAGUGAGAUAUGUUAAUUUUUGUCAUGGUGGUCAAGACACAAAGUACUGGGCUGGACAUUAUGGAAUUCGUGUAACAGAAAGCUGUGUUGAAGUAUGUCCAGCAUUGGAAAACUAGCUUAUUGAUGUAAUGACCAGAAAGUGGGUUGGAAUAUCUUUGCAUUCUUAACCGAUAAAAACCUAUUAGGCAUUUUCCUACCUUCUAAGGUACUCCCCUUCAAAAAUAUGCUUUUUUCUGUAACAUGUUAGAUUUCUAAAUCUGUUACUCUGCAGCUAAAAAUAUAAUUGAUGUCCUGCUUCACUGUAUCUACUAACCAAAUAAAAAGACCAUCACCUGUUUAACAGUCCUCGCUAAUUUUCUAUAACAUUACAGAAUCUAUGUAAGAACUGCCUUAAUAUAUGUGUGUAAAUGUCUGUAUUACCCUGUAACCUAACACUGCAAUGUUCCUCUUUUGUCCUUAUAUCUGCACUCAUUUUAUACCAAUUAUUUUCCUUAAAGAGACGUACCUCCUUCUGUAUGUCAGCAUGGAACGUGUAUUGAGGUUAAAACAAAUAAAAACUCAAAUUUUGCACUUUA